CGUGACAUCUUCACGUCUCCCAGCAUGGUAAAUCGUCACAUGUUCACGUCUUGCCUUGAUACCAGGUUGACUCGAUCAGUACUCCAGCAGCAGCAUUAUUACCCCUUGGAAAGUCUUUAGAGACUAUCCUGGAUAGCUGUUCACAACUUUCCUUCAGCACAGUGACACACCCUUGUCAUUCUUGUUGGCCUCUUAUGAUGCUGCUAAAGUCCUUCUACUGCACCUUUUAAGACUCCAAUACAGGCAUUUAUACUGUAUGUGUUUGGAGAAAUGACACAAUAAUAUCGAAAUCUUGUAGUGCAGGAAGAAAUACACACUGGCUAAGCCUGCAGGUGAUAUAGGCUUUGUUUUGCAAUAUUUAUUCAAAGGUCACUUUUUAUUUAAAUAAAUAUCUGAAAUAUAGAUAUUAUCUCUUAUCAAAGAUAGCAGAAUAAAUGAGUCAACUGAGUAAGAGUCAUUACUACUUAAUUUCUAUAAACUCAUCUGUGGGCAAAGGGGCCUGUCGGACGCCUUCUGGUUUGUGUUUGUAGUCAAAUCAUUAUUGACAAAUCACCUAUGAGCCGGCUUUGGUUGCUAGCAGUUAAAAAAGGUUAUGUGGAAAGCAAAAGUGAGUGAUGAGAUGGAUUGCAUUGGUUGUAAUGCAGCUUUUGACUGACAAAGUUUUCGCUUUUUAUUAUAUUUAAAUUUAUUUUUUAAAUUGGCAAUGCUCAACAUAUACUUUGUUGAUGUCCUCGCUCAACUCCAACUCCAUCCUUGCAUCUAAAGUAGCUAAUCAGACACAUAUAAAGCAAGAGCCAAGGGAUGAUUAGCAUAGCUUAGCAUAAAGACUGGAAGAAGCUGGAAACAUUUAGCCUGUGUCUGACUCAAACGGGCUAUUAUCAGUGGUAGUAUUAUUUGAUGAUUUAGCUUUAGAAGGUUUCUUUCAUUACAUUUUUAUUUACUUUUGACAGAAACAGGAACGCUAUUUCCCCCUGGCUCUAUAGUCUCUAUGCUAGGCUAAGCUGAGCUAAGGGCUACGCAUCGCACUCGUAGGAAACAAGGUAUUUCUUUAUUAGUGUUUUCUUCCAAAAGAAACCAAAUAACUAAUUAAGUGGUCAUCCAACAAGUUAUGUACUUAGCUGCCAUAUCUAAUAUACUGAGAAUUUUUUGUCCAAUGAUUGCAAGAGAAAAGCAUUCAGCAGCAAAAAAACUGAUUUGCUAAUUUCCCUGAUCUUUCUCUUUGAGUACUUAUAAACUUCCUAAAUCAGCUAAUCUCAUGUCUUUUAACAGAGAUGUGAACUUGUCAAAAUGUAUCAAAGUCCAUCCCAUUGGCAUCUGUGGUUUUUGAAACGCCUACCUCUUGCUGCAUUUCAUGUGAUCUUACGUAAUGUUAGAGUAUUACAUUAUUUCUUCUCAUCCUACGCACAGGUGGCCCUCCAGUACAUGCUGGAGCUCGUGUUGGGGUUUCUAAUUCCCUACACGGUCAUUGUAGUCACCUACAUCUGCAUCUUGCGGCAGCUCCGACAAACCAAGUUUCGCCGUCGCAUUUGUAGCAAGAAGCUCAUCCUUGCCAUCGUGUUGACAUUCUGCCUCUUUUGGUUGCCAUACCACCUCGUCAAUAUGGUUCAAGUAACAUGGGCGUUGUGUCCAAAGGGUCAAGUGAAAGAGACGCUGAAUUUAAUAUGGCACAAGAGCCGAGCGGUCACCUCUGCCAUCGCCUUCAUCAGCAGCUCUGCCAACCCAGUCCUGUACUUCUUCGCAGGAAAGUCCUACAUCCGACGAGAAGGGCUGGCAUUCAUGCAGUGGCGGCGCCAGAGUAUUUUUGUUGGGUAAUCUAUGGUAGGGCUAACCGAUACAGUGGUCAGUGGCG